GGGCAAGGCGCUCCAGUGCGUUGCGAACGGUCGCCGGGAGUUGAGUUUGUUGCGAGGAAAAGCCUUCGAAAACCUGUUGGAUUAUAGAACGAGUGGUGGAGUUUAGUGGAUUUUGGAAGCGGGCACACGUUGCAUCGACAACGACGCAGUCUGCGACGAAACUCUGAAGAGCUUCGCUCGUGAGGACUUUUUCCCACAAAAAAAAAAAAAAUGACGACCUUCACCACCGUCACCACGUCCAACUGGGACAAGUUCGUGCUGCUGCUGUGGAAGAACUGGAUCAUCCAGAAGCGCCACUACAUCCAGACCUUCUUCGAAAUCGUCGUUCCGGUGCUAUGCUGCUCGAUUCUGCUGCUGCUGCGGGGGCUCGUCGAUCCGGGCUUCGUGGAAAAGAGCACCGUAUUCCACCCGCUUUCGACGGAUCUUCCUGCGGGUGAUAGAAUUCCAGCGGAUGUAUUACGCGAGGUGGCCUUCUCUCCUCAGAAUGCUCUGCUGGAGGAGAUCGUCGGUAGAGCGGCUGUCUCGUUGAACGUAACGCUCCGAGGCUUGCCGAAUGCUCGAUCACUCGAAUCAGCUCUGAUGGAUAACGACACUCUGGUUGGGGUGGAGUUUGAUGACUCCCUAGCGUCCGCGACAACGCUUCCGGCGAAGCUGAUCUUUGCGUUGAGAUUCCCGGGAGAGCUUCGGACCAGCUCCGCCAACGUUUUUCCUAACUGGGAGACGCGACUGCUGAUGGUUCCAUUUUCACCCCAGCUACGUAAUUGGUACAGUGAUGCCGGAGGAUAUCCAGAUUACUAUUACGAAGACUUUCUCAACGUUCAAACUGCGAUAUCAAAGUCCAUCAUCAGGGAGUUCAAUGCGAAUGUGAUGCUGCCAGAGGUUUACAUAAAUCGCUACCCCUACCCACCGUACUACGAUGAUCCGAUACUGCAAGCGAUGGAGCAGCUUUUGUCGCUGAUCAUCCUACUGUCGUUCUUCUAUCCGUGCGUCGUGAUGGUCAAGCACAUCACGAUGGAGAAGGAAAAGCAGCUGAAGGAAGCGAUGAAGAUCAUGGGGUUACCAAAUUGGCUGCACUGGAGUGCUUGGUUCGUGAAGAACAUCCUCCUGCUGAUCAUUUCCAUUUCCCUGAUAACGAUUUUGAUCUGCGUAACGCUUAAUGAUUACUCCAUACUGGAGCAUUCCGACUGGACUGCCGUGUGGUUCUUCCUGUUCGUCUACUCGAUCACCACGGUUUGCUUCUGCUUUAUGAUGAGCGUGUUCUUCAAUAAAGCCAACAUCGCCUCGGGAAUCGCCGGACUCAUGUGGUUCGUGUUUGUCAUGCCGUUCAACGUGACAUCGCAAAGCUACGACUCGAUGACUACGAGUACUAAGCUCGGUCUCAGCUUGUUCUCCAACUCGGCCAUGUCCUUCGGCAUCCUCAGUACGAUCCGCAUGGAGGCGAAUCAGCAGGGCCUCCGGUGGGAGAGCUUGUUCACCCCGGCUACCGUCGACGAUGGAAUGAGCGUGGGGUUGGUGAUCGUGAUGUUGCUCGUUGAUGCCGUGAUCUACCUGGCGAUCGCGAUGUACGUCGAGCAGGUGCGACCAGGGGAGUUUGGUGUGGCGAAGCCGUGGUAUUUUUUGUUUCAGAAGGAAUUUUGGAUCAAGAAGCAGGUGAAUGCGAGUGAUGUUGACCAAAAUGGGGUAGGGAAUCAAAGUUCAAAGUUCUUCGAAGCUGAACCCACGUCAAGUAAGGCCGGAAUUCAGAUUAAAAACUUGCGGAAGGUCUUCAAUGGCAACAAAGUGGCUGUGCAGGGGUUGAAUCUCAAAAUGUAUGAGGAUCAGAUAACGGUACUGCUGGGACACAACGGUGCCGGUAAGACUACGACCAUGUCCAUGUUGACGGGGAUGUUUUCGCCGUCCUCCGGAACGGCGUACCUCAACGGAUACGACAUUCGGAACAACAUUGAAGAUGUCCGCCAAUCACUUGGGCUAUGUCCGCAGCACAACGUGCUGUUUGAUGAAAUUACAGUCUCAGAACAUCUACGAUUCUUCGCAAGACUGAAAGGAGUUCCGAAGGCGCAUCUCAACGAAGAAGUCGAGAAAUACAUCGCAAUGCUGGAGCUACCGGACAAGCGCAACGCUCAAUCACAGACACUGUCCGGUGGUAUGAAGCGAAAGUUAGCGGUAGGAGUCGCGCUUUGCGGUGGUUCAAAGGUCGUCCUGCUCGAUGAACCAACCUCUGGGAUGGAUCCCUCAGCACGCCGAGCUCUCUGGGAUCUUCUGCAGAAGGAAAAGAAAGAUCGAACGCUGCUACUGUCGACGCACUUCAUGGACGAAGCAGAUGUCCUCGGAGAUCGCAUCGCGAUCAUGGCGGACGGAGUGCUGAAAACGGUGGGAUCGCCGUUCUUUUUGAAGAAAACCUUUGGCGUCGGCUAUCGACUGAUCUGCGUGAAGGGAUCGCGCUGUGACAAGCAACUGCUAUUGGACAUUCUUCGCAAGUACAUCCCGGAUGUGCGGAUUGAUACGGACAUUGGCUCUGAACUUUCGUUUGUGCUGAAGGAAGACUACAUCAAGCUGUUCCAACGGAUGUUGGAGGAACUGGAAACUCGGAUGGGAGAGUGCGGCAUCACCAGCUACGGAAUCUCUUUGACCACAAUGGAGGAAGUUUUUCUAAAAGCUGGCAGUGACAGUUUCCACGAAAUUGAAGAAUCCAACGAAUUAUCUAACGGAACCGCUAUUGACACUGCUGACCAAAGCUACUCACUCAACAACCUGCACCUUCUUACUGGACGCGAGUUACUGGUGAGCCAAGUUAAAGGUCAAUUCUUGAAAAAGUUCCUGAGCAGUUUGCGCGCCUGGGUUUUGCUCAUAAUUCAGAACGUGAUCCCAGUUUUCUUCGUUGUCAUGACGUUUGUAAUCGUUCGAAGCAUUUCUCGGGAUCAAGACUUGCCACCGUUGACUAUGUCGCUGGAGCCGUACAAGGAAACCGUGACCGUUGUGGGAGGAACUCCGGACACGUCCAGCAGAGUCCAAGCGUUCGAGAAAUUGUUUGAGAAGAUUAGCGGCGAUCAUCGAUUGGACGUGAUCACCACGGACAUGAAUGACUACAUUUUGCAGCGAUCCGUGGAAUCAAUUUCCGAGGUGAAUGUCCGAUACAUGGUGGGCGCUUCGUUUCAUAGCGAGAACUACACGGCAUGGUUCAACAACAAGGGCUACCACACGGCUCCUUUGGCGCUUUCCCUCUUGUACAGUGCGGUCCUAGCUUCGGAAUGUCCGACCUGUGAGCUGACCAUAGUCAACAAACCCUUACCGUACCAACUCGCUACUCAGCUUGACACAGUCAACACUGGAAUCAACGCUGGUUUCCAGCUUGCGUUCAACUCUGGCUUUGCCAUGGCAUUCAUCUGUGCUCUGUACGUGCUGUUCUACAUCAAGGAACGAACUUCGCGGUCCAAGUUACUCCAGUAUGUCAGCGGAACCAAUAUCACCCUUUACUGGGUGGUGGCCUUCAUCUGGGAUUACAUUACGUUCAUGAUUACCUGCUUGAUCUACAUCGCUGUACUGGCAGCAUUCCAAGAAGAGGGAUGGUCCUCUGCAUCAGAGCUUGGCAGAGUCUUCCUGCUGUUGAUGAUGUUCGGGAUGGGAUUCCUUCCAGUCACCUAUUUAUUCUCGUUCGUGUUCAAAACCCCAGCUACCGGGUUCGUCGUGUUGAUGCUGUUCAACAUUGCCACCGGAGCGAUCCUCUUCACGACGGUCGUGUUGCUCAUUCCUGGAAUUAAUCUACAGGAUGUAGGCAACGCACUCGAGUGGAUAUUCUUGUUCUUCCCAAACUUUGUCCUCACGCACGGACUUAACAACAUGAACCAGAUCGUCACACUGCAAUCCAACUGUCAGAAGGCCUGCGGUCUGCGGGAAGGCUGUACGAUAAAUAUCGUUUGCAGCUUUGAAAAACAGUGCUGCGAUAUACCGGAAGUGUUCUCGUUUGAUGAGUUGGGAAUCAAUAGAAACUUACUGUUCUUGGCCCUAGUAGGAGUAGUUUCAUUCAGUACAGUUUUAUUGAUUGAGUAUCGAGUGCUUGGUAAGGUGAUGCAUCGGUUUAUGCGCAAUAGACAGCAACCUUGGACGCCAGCACCAGUGGACGAAGAUUCGGAUGUUGCUGAGGAGAAGAAACGAGUCCGGAGUAUGCCGCAGACUGAUGUCAACAACUACAAUCUGGUAAUGCGUGACUUGACCAAGUACUACAAGAACUUCCUGGCGGUGAACAACCUGUCGGUAGCGAUCGAUCGGUACGAGUGCUUCGGAUUGUUGGGACUCAACGGAGCUGGCAAGACGACGACCUUCAAGAUGAUGACGGGUGACGAAAGUAUCUCUUCUGGGGAAGCUUGGGUCGAAGGAAUUAGCUUGCAGUCCUCCAUGGAUACUGUUUACCAGAGAAUCGGAUACUGUCCACAGUUUGACGCUCUGCUUGGGAAACUCACCGGCAGGGAAACGCUCAAGAUCUACGCGCUUCUUCGAGGAGUUCGCGAGAGGGACAUUCAGAAUGUCUCACUAACGUUGGCGGAAGACUUGAACUUUAUGAAGCAUCUCGACAAGAAGACCAAAGAAUACAGCGGCGGUAACAAGCGCAAGCUCAGUACGGCACUUGCCCUCAUGGGCAAUCCCUCGGUGGUCUACCUUGACGAACCGACCACCGGAAUGGAUCCGGGCGCGAAGCGACAGUUCUGGAACAUGAUCUGCAAGGUACGAAGCUCGGGCAAAUCUAUCGUCCUGACCUCGCACAGCAUGGAGGAGUGUGAGGCGCUGUGCACCCGGCUGGCGAUCAUGGUCAACGGCGAGUUCAAGUGUCUCGGAUCGACGCAACACUUGAAGAACAAGUUCUCCAAGGGAUUCCUGCUGACGAUCAAGGUGAAGAAGGUCGACGAGCAGCAAGCGCAGCAGCUUAGACUGGAAGCGGUGAAGUCGUUCGUGAAUGGUAACUUCCCGGGAGCGGUGCUAAAGGAAGAGUACGUGGACUCGUUGAGCUUCCAUGUGCCCCAAACGGAUCUCAAGUGGUCGGCCAUGUUCGGGCUGAUGGAGUUACACAAGGAGCAGCUCAACAUUGAGGACUACUCGCUUGGACAGACUACGCUGGAGCAGGUGUUCCUGUUCUUUACCAAGUAUCAGCGAAUAGUGGAUUAAGGCGGCGGUGUGAUUGUAGAGUUGGAAGUAUUUUUUUUAAACGUAUAGAUCAUUAAAAGAGUUGAACAAUGUAAA